AUGUCCCGUAAAAUUAAUCGAGCCGCUCCCAAUAAUUUGUCUUAUGAAAUCAAUGCACCUCAGAAAGCAAUUUAUCGCAUUCAAGCAGAAUCAGACGAAAAUCGAACGGAAUUUCUGAAGAAUACCUUUGUUCAAUACUUUGGCGAUGGAAUACAAAAGAAUCCGGAAGCAUUCCGCUCCCGGUUUCGGAAAAUGUCCGCAACACCAUUUAACUUCUAUCGCGGAUCAGCCGUUCUUUUCUAUCAAGAUCUGAAAGUAGAUAAAGAUCCCUAUAUUGCAAAGAAUCAUGCAGCUGGACAAAUAUUUAUUCAUGGUGAUUUACAUGCGCAAAACUUCGGCACGUAUUUAAAUUGCGAUGGUAUUCUCAAUUUUGAUGUCAAUGACUUCGACGAAAGUUAUCUUGGCCCAUUUACAUGGGAUGUUAAACGAUUAAUGGCGUCAUUGAAUGUCUUGUGUUAUUCGAAAGGCUUUUCAGAUGACGAAAUCAAACAGAUCUUACAUGUUUGUGUCGACUCAUAUAUCAAACAAGUGAAUGAAUUCUGUAAACAAUCGAAAGAUCGAUUUGCGUUGACACUGAAGAACACAAGUGGUCAAAUCAAAAGACUUUUGAACGAAACGCGUAUUAAAUCACAUGUCGAGUUAUUGAAUAGUAUGACAUGUAUUGAAAAUUACAAUCGACGAUUUAUCCGUUCGAAAUAUGUUCAAAAUGUCGACAAAGAUUUGUCGGCUCAAUUGAUGAAUGCCUUUCAACAAUAUCUCGAUUCCAUACCAGAAAAUAAGAAAUAUUCCGAUCGAGGUUAUAACAAUGGCGAAGUUACUUAUAAUAUUAAAGAUAUUGUUCAAUGUUCGUCGCCAGGAAUCGGUUCCGCCGGAAAGAUUUCUUAUCAGUUUUUAAUUGAAGGUCGAACAGAAACAUUGGAAAAUGAUAUUAUACUCUAUAUGAAACCAGCACAGAAAUCAGCUGUGUCUUAUGUUGUACACAGUGAACAAUUAGCUAAAUAUUUCAAACAUGAUGGCGUCCGAACAGUUCUAUGUUCAUACGCAAUGCAAGCAUCAACACCUCGAUGGCUUGGAUAUACACAAUUGAAUUCAGUUCCGUGUAUGGUAGAUUCGAUUACGGCACAUGCAGUAGAUCUUGAUUGGAAAGAUAUUAAUGAUUUAAAUGAUAUUUUGGAAGUCGUUCAAUAUUUAGGACGCGCAACGGCGAAGAUUCAUUGUGUGGCUGAUUCAGAUUGUGUGAAUACACCAAAAGAGGUCGAAUGUUUACCAUUCUCAAUUAUUCCACGUGAUACCGAAAAGGCAAUACGAGCUGCUGUCGAAGGACAAGUGAAUGAGUUUAUCGAUGAUAUGAUAGAAUUUGGAAUGGUCUAUGGUGAAUUAGUUCGACGUGAUCAUAGCUUAUUCUUCGAAGCAUUUCGUAAUAAUCAAAUCCCAGGCCUUUGA